AUGGCAUCCCAAAUCCAUAAUCACAGCACAUUCAAAGACUUUGACAUCCAAAAUAUCGUGUACAAGACUGUCGGAAGCCAUGAGAUAUACCUCUCACUUCUCAUUCCCAAGACCCUCUUGACCAGUGAGCAUGCUUCUCAUGAGAAAAUACCGUUGAUUGCGCAGUUUCACGGAGGCUUCCUGAUCGGGGGGGCCCGCUUGUACUCACCUUGGCUCCCAACAUGGCUGUUUGAACUAGCUACUUCUGAGCAAGCGAUAAUUGUGGCCCCAGAUUACCGCUUAUUACCAGAAUCCAAUGGGCUUGACAUUCUUUCCGACUUGGCUAGCUUCUGGUCAUGGGUGGAACAGAAGUUGUGGUCAACUCUCAGGAGACUGUAUCCAUCGUCGAAAAUCCAACCAGAUUUUGACAGAAUCCUUGUAUCAGGUCAGAGCGCAGGUGGAUACCUCGCGGCCCAGAGCAUGCUCCUCCAUCCUGAAAUAGACAUCAAGGCCGUCGCUAUGGCAUAUCCUAUGGUCGAUCUUCGUGAUCGCCACUGGAGUGAGAAAUAUGAAAAAUCAAUAUUCGGGGUCUCAAAUCUUCCAGAGGACAUCAUUGAGCAGCACCUCGCUCAAUUACCACAUGGGCCAAUUGUCACAUCUGACGGAGUCCUAAUGAAAAACGAAGAGUCCACUCGGGCCCCCCUAGCCUUAUGUAUUGUCCAGAAUGGCAAGUAUCUCGAUUAUCUAGGCCGACAAUCAAAGCUCUAUCCGAUGGAAAACCUCGCUCGGGCAACCAAAUCGCCUCGGUUUCUCUGGGUUUAUCAUGGGAAAGGCGAUUCAGCAGUCCCAAUUGCCGGCACUGAAAGGUUUUUAAGGGAGCUUCGAAAGCAUAUGCCCGAAGUCACUGUGAAGUUCGAAGCCUGCGAAGGCGAGCAUGGAUUUGACAACGACAUUUCGCCUGAAGUCGACGUUGACUGGAUAAGAACCGGAGUAGCUGAGUUGCGCAAAUUUUGGUAG